AUGAGUUCUAGACCCUAUCCUCCAGCGAUUUGGGCCCGCUUUUUUCCAGUUAUAAUUGUAUUCGGACUAUUAGUGAUUUUGGUAUACUUAAAUCGAAGAAAUGACAGUCUAGAAGACCACCCAAGUGUAUUGCUCACCAAAGACAGCCAAGAUGGUGAGAAAGCAACAACAGAACCAGGACACGAUUUAAAUCAAUAUACUGUUAUGACCCAUAUCGGCUACAUUUCUCUCCAUGAGCUCAACGAAAAAGUGUUCAAAGCUUUUGGCUAUAAAAUAUCCAAGCCAUCACUUCCAGUGCCAACUCUUGAGAUGAUCAAUGAGCCGUCUUGUGAAACAGUCUUCGCCGAAUGGUUAGAAAUUUCUCAGAAGCCGCAACCAGACGCUCCUCCAAAGCAGUUGCCAGGCAACCUGACCAAUGAGUUUUUGAUGCAUGGAUAUACAGCGAUAAGCAAUUGGUACUUCAACGAUAAAAAAGGUGGAGAUGCGCCUCGAAACUGGGACAAGAUUUCAGAGUAUAUGAAGUUUUCCAAAUCCGAACUUAGUGCACUAGCAUAUUCCUUCAACAAAGAAUCUGAAUCUGUGUAUCAUGCAAUGAGCGGUUAUCCACUAGAUGGAAUGGAUGGAUUCAUCGUGGGAAGUAUGCAACCGUGGGUGGAAGUAAUGGCUUUGCAGCAUGGCGCUAAACAUAUUCUUACCGUAGAAUAUAACCCGCUCGAAAUACCAGCUGAAUUCAAAAACAGGCUAUCAUCUAUUCUACCAGUUGAUUUUGUUAAGAACUGGCAGGAUUACGCUGGAACAUUCGACUUUGCUGCCUCCUUCUCAUCAAUUGAACAUUCUGGACUAGGAAGAUAUGGCGAUCCAGUUGACCCAAUCGGUGAUUUGAGGGAGAUGCUCAAAAUCAAGUGCAUGCUCAAAAAGGGAGGACUCCUCUUCUUGGGAUUACCGUAUGGAACGGAUGCGAUGCAAUUUAAUGCUCACCGAAUUUAUGGAUCCAUUCGUAUUGCUAUGAUGAUCUACGGCUUUGAUUGGCUUGCAUCGUACUCUGGAGAAAGUGAGCAGCCGUUUGAUUUAGACUCGCGUACUCUUCACGCCAAGCCGCCACCAAAUUUGACACAAUACACUCUUGUAUUAAGGAAGUUAUAA